UGUGAAGGUUUAGAAAGAAAAGAAAAUUAUGCUAACUGUACCAUCCGAAUUAAACCCAUUUCAUAUCGAAGGAAACGGGUGCUGUUGUUUUAGACUGCGCUCUUUUUUUUCGAUAACUUGUCGAGCCAGCGCUGAUCGAUAUCUGCCCUAAGUCGCACUACCCACAAUAGCUAAUUUUUGUUAUAGCUAAAAGAAGCUAAACGCGCAACACUGAUAUGGCACUGCGCUCUCUCCAGUUUUCACAAUGAUUGUGGAGAAUGAAAGAACAGUUGAUUUCUUGUAUCCGGAGGGAAGACUAGUGACAUUUAAGUGCGCAUCGAUUGGUCUGGACAUUGCGUGAAAAGGAAGACAUGUAAAUAACGGAGAAUAACGCAGAACACGAGGAACCGUAUGGGAGUAGUAAUUUCACAAGUUAAUGAAUUAAAAAUAUAUGAAAGAGUUUCCAUUCGUUUACCACGAUAUAUUUCUAAGCUAACAUAAAAAUAAACAAGUUGCAUGUGAAAUAAAUAUAUAAUGGAAACGGCGUUGGAUGAAGUGCAACUUUCCUGUCUGCUGUGCGAGCAGACUUUUGAUGCCACUGAGAAGCUGGACGAACACCUCCAAAUACACUUUCCGCAGCCGGUGAGCACCGGUCAAACAUGCGAUCUAUGCGGGCGCGCGAUGCGAUCAUCUCUGGAGCUGCACCAGCACUACAAAAGAUACCAUGAAGCCCAUGUGCCCAACACAGAGGGACACUUUCAAUGCCAGCUCUGCGAGAAGGUAUUCCUGCUCCAGGAUCAUCUCAAGGUACACGUGAAGAUUGAGCACGCGACCGAUGGCUACCAACCAGAUGAGAAGUCCUUAGAUUGGCAGCACCACACUCCCAGAAGUCUAGACACAACAAACGAUUAUAAGCUAGAUCCCAUCUUGUGUCCUCCACCGAAGAAGAAGUAUCCGCCGCGCUCCCCCUUCUUCAAUCCGAAUCUUUGGCUAGGCGCUGACAACUCUUUUAUGUAGAGGAACAUAGAACUAGCAUAAAAUAACUUGACAAGGGCUCACCGACUUAUUGAGUCUUAUGCGCCAUCAUCUAUCCAUUGUAAAUGAUUCUCAAUCAAAUUAAGAUUUAAGAAAGAAAGCAACAGAUGUGCCUGUAUAUAUGAAAAUAAAACGCAUUGCCUUAUGAUUUAAUUAAAA